AUGCCUAGGGAUCGUCGCCUCGGCUUCAGCUUAUCUGGCCACAACUACGGUAUGGCCUUGCUUUAUGCUAUCCCAACCAUGACUAACCAGCGAGGCAGCGAUACUAUGACGGGCAGGAAGGAGCUUGUGGCUGUGGAACAUCAUCCGGUGCAUACUCUUGGCAGUAACGGUGUUUACACGGCUGCCGGCUCUCAGGCCCUCUUCGAUACUGCUGGCGCCUCAUGGUGCGGUGCAGGAUGCGGCAGGUGCUAUAACCUGACAUCAACUGGCAACGCUCCCUGCAGCGGCUGUGGCACCGGAGGGGCCGCUGGGGAGAGUAUCAUCGUCAUGGUCACCAAUCUCUGUCCCUAUAAUGGCAAUCAGCAAUGGUGUCCUCAGGUCGGCGCCACAAACAACUAUGGAUAUAGCUACCACUUUGAUAUCAUGGCCCAGAGCGAAGUUUUCGGCGACAACGUGGUAGUCAACUUUGAGCCGGUGGCUUGUCCUGGUCAAGCCACCUCAGAUUGGGAGACCUGUGUCUGCUACGGCAAGACUGCGACCGAUGACACUCCGGUGGGCAUGACGACAGGAGGCAGCAACCCUUCUCCUUCGACGUCGACAACCACCACCAGGACAACCACAACGACCACCACUAGUGGAGCAACUCAGACCCUGUAUGGACAGUGUGGUGGCAGCGGCUGGACUGGUCCUACUGCCUGUGUGUCGGGCGCCACGUGCAAGGUAUUGAAUGCUUAUUACUCCCAGUGUCUCUCGUAG